AAGCACCAUUCCUACCCUGUAUUUACUAUUUACCCUCUUCCCAUCAACAAAGAUGAGGUGUUGGAGUUUUCUAUGGAACCAGCUAAAACCCAUCGUUUUCGCCGAUCAUCUCAGGCAGCUUUACAAUCCGAUUUUUGUAGCUCAUACAUCGCACGGAUGGCCGAGGACAUGUCUACACUAGUGCUAAUUUGCGAUGAGCCACAUCUCUCUCCCUCUCCUGUUUUCAGCCGCAUCUCACCGGUGGUAUUAUUCCCUCUCUUGCUCUUACUGGCGCUGGAAUCUCCCUCUUUGCAGUUGAUUUAAGGUUGUUUCAUCAUGGCUUAACCCAGAAACUUAGUCUGCCAGAUUCGUGAUGGCUGAUGACGCAUAUUGUUAAUGCGUAGAUGGAAGAUGCCUCAAAAGUUUGAUGGACGACGUUGGCAUUCUAAACAUCCAUGACACAGAAGUUGCAGAUGAGGCGGGCGAAUUUAAGGCGGACGUGAAAGGGGAAAUUAUCAAGCGAUUUCUGCAGCCUUACUCUCCAAUGCUCAUGUUGCAACUGUCUUUUUUUUCCUGAAGUUGUAACUGCCGUUUUCCCAAAAUUAUCCGGCAUUUCAUGUUGUACAGGCGGGAAAAUGUUUCCCAAACGGUCCUGUUUUUAUAUUAUACUCGGUAUAAUAAAGACAAACAUUUGAAGUUAU